AUGGCUGAGACAUUUGAGAAAAUGAAAAAAGAGCUUGAAGAUUCACGGAAGGAACCUAGCGUUGAAGUUGAGCCUGGAGACUCUUCACCGAAGAAGUCUUCACCGAAGGAGCCUUCAACGAAUUCCUUUGAUGUGAAUUUUAGUGAAGAAGAUGAUAUCCCAGAGUUCAUAGAUACACAAAGCGUUGAAGGGCUUUCUCAGACCUCGUAUGUGCCCGGCUUUGAUCCAUCUCAGACCAAGCAGAGAGACGAGUGGUGGACUCCAAGGACUUCAGUCAGAGAUUCAGAAGCUCCACUGCCGUCACAGUGGCAGAAAUGGAAUAAAGGAAAAAGACUUCAGCUUACUGAUUCACCAUUGCGCACAGAUGGUUCUCCGCAGUCGUCACUAUAUUAUUGCUCUGAAGAAUCGUGGAUAGGAUUCACGGAAUGGGUUAAGACACCAAAACCUUUACCACUUGGUCCGUCAAUCUUAAAUUUGCCUAUAGCUACAAGGAUAGUAACUCCAGGAAAAUGGCUUGGCAACGAGGAAAUGGAUGCAUUUAUGUUUAUAUGGCGAGUUAACACAACUUUGAAGCAUUGGGGCCCGAGCCGUGUUGCUUUCAUGAGUGUUAUGUUCUGCCUCCAAAUCGAUGCCGCAUACAACAAGUUCACUCGUGACAAAAAAGCCUAUGGCCUGAGUAAUCACUGGGUUGGUGUUCAUGUCAACAUUAUUGAGAAAAAGGUGGAAGUGUUGGAUAGUGGUCGGGGAAGAAAUAUACAACACGUUGAGAAGUUUGCUGCUUUGAUUCCUAGGAUAGUGAAGGCUGUUGGACCACCUGUAAGACAGAAGCAGUUACUCCUCAAAUCUUAUUCUAUCGUGGAUGUUCCUAUGAAGACGAGAUUGAAAAAGUCUUGUUGUGAUUGCGGUGCAUACGCACUCAAGCACUUGGAAUGCCUUCUGCUUGGUAUCGAUCUAAGUUUAGUUGAUGAUGAAAUAAUCAUGGGUUGCAGACAGAAGAUUGGUGUGGAUUUAUGGGAGGCUGCACACGAUCCCAUUUACGCUGUGGCAAUGACACGAUAUGUGCCUUCACCAUGGGAGAGAGAAGAGUCCUUUGAACUCGAAGAUUGA